AUGCGUCUCCUGCGAUUUAGGAUGAAUUUGUUGCAUGAUGAUUCUAAUAUCGCUGCUCAAAAUGAAGAAAUGAAUAUUACCAAGAUUGGUGCUUUUGUACAAGGUAAUGUGGACAGAAUGAAGGAAGAAGAGGCACGACAGAAAGAGAAGGACAAGGAGUUUAGUAAGAGAGCUAAGUCUAUAGGUAAUUUCAGCGAUAGGGGAUCUCAAAGAGGUAGAGGCAGACAAUUUUUCAAAAAUGGGUCAUCAGGACUUACUCCUUCUACAACCAGUGCACCAAUCCCUAGGUCAAGGUGUGGUAAGAGGCACCCAGGGGAAUGUCGCAUGGGCAUAGAUGUAUGCUUCGGGUGUGGCCAACGAGGUCACUAUCAGAGGGACUGUCCAUCAGCGAGAAAGGAUACCAGAGGUAAUGUGGCUCAAUCCAUAAAUUCAGGAGCUUCAAAUUCACAAGCCCAAUUUCGAUGUGCUGCAGCAAAGUCUUGCAAUACAGGCAGGGGUCAGAACCGCUUGCAUGCGCUAGCAGGUCGUCAAGGUACAAAGGCACGUGUGGAUGUUGUUACAGACUUAGAAAUGAGGGUUUUCCAUGGUUAUGUGUUUCGUGAAAAUGAACAAAUUGAGGGUCCAUUUGGGAUUAUAUUUCCAUGA